AUGAGAUUGGAUGCUGAGGCAACAAACUCGAUAGAAGAGAUAUUAAAACAACUCUCCAUAGUAAUAUCAGCGAAGGAAGAAGCGAACAGAGUUACUCAAGUGAAUACUUCAAACGAGACAUCACCAUAUACGGUGGAAACAUUACAUGUGAACGAGGCCAAUAAUCCAAGAACAAAUUAUAACUCUAAUGGAACAAAUCACUAUAAGAGGCAAUGGAACACUGCGAAUCCUAGAUCGUCUUCUUGGAAUUCAAGACCAAAUAAUAAACCAACUAAAAGGAAAUUCGAUUCUAAUGGAGAAAGAAAUAAUAAAUUUCAUGGAGGCAAAAAGGAGAAAUGGUCAUGUGUAUUUUGUGAUGGAGAUCACAAAGGUGAAUGUAAUAAAGUUACUGCAAUUGAUGAAAGGAAAGCAAAAUUAAAAGCCAGAAAUAGAUGUUUUAGCUGUUUUAAAACUGGUCACUUAAGUAACGACUGUGAAAUACAUUGCUUUACGGACUCUUUAACCAGAGCUUAUGCAGCAGUGGUUUAUGUAGUUGGAGAAGAUGAGAAGAGUUUUGUGAUUGGCAAAUCUCGUCUCGUGCCAAUCAAAGAUCAAGAACAUUUGAAAAUACCACGUCUGGAGUUACUUGGAGCAUUAAUUGGAAGUCGUCUGAUACGAUAUGUAACUAAAUUCAUUAAUUUGAAUGUAAGCAAGCAAGUGCUAUGGACUGAUAGUCAGAUUGUCAUUGAUUGGUUCAACUCGAAUAAGCUAUUGACUCCAUUUGUGUCAAGGAGGAUCGAAGAGAUAAAACGUAAUAAAAACUUGAUUGUCAGAUACGUACCGUCAGAACUUAAUCCAGCUGAUGCAGCUACUAGACCAACGAAUUCUAUCGAAGACGGAAGAAAGUGGUUGACAGGACCAGACUUUCUACUUCAAGAUCCGAAUACUUGGCCUACACAUACAAGGAGUGAUACAAUUUUUUUGAUUGGGGAGGAUCUGACGAGUACUGAUGAUGUACAAGAUAAGAUCCCUGAGUCAAUGGUUGUAGAGAAUGAAGAUAACUCUCAUGACGACCACCAGUUAAUGGAACGAGGAAUAGAAACUGACUCACAUAAUACACUGGAAGAAAUUAGAAAAAUACAGUCAGAAUAUUUUAAAGAGGAAGUGAACGGUAAAGAAACAAGUCUCAGUCGUAACCUUGGAUUGUUCAAGGAUGUAGAUGGUAUCUUACGAUGCAAGGGCAGGUUUAGGAAUGCCAACUGGUCAUUUGAUAAGAGGUAUCCUAUGAUAAUACCUAAGGAUUGUAACUUUACCAAUAAAGUAAUCAAAGAUACACAUGAAAGGAACUACCACGUUGGUGCUAGUCAUACACUAAGUAUAAUUCGGCAAACCUACUGGAUACCGCAAGGCAAGAGACAAGUUUUGAAGAUCUUAAAGAAAUGUCCACGUUGUUCGAAGCAUGGCGGUGGACCCUUCAAACUACCACCCACACCUGCGUUGCCAUAUGAAAGGGUUAAUUAUAGCAAAGCCUUUACGUUUACUGGAGUAGAUUAUUUAGGACCUGUAUUGGUCAAAACAGAGACAGGUACCAGCAAAAGAUGGAUAUGUCUAUUUACAUGCCUUGCAGUUAGAGCUAUACACUUAGAAGUUGUGCAAGAUUUAUCAGCUGAAGAAGGACUAUCCGCUUUUAGGCGAAUGUGUUCUACUAGAGGAGUACCAGAACUUAUUACUUCUGACAAUGCCUUACACUUCAAAUUGAUAUCUGACAUAGUGUCUAAACCAUACUGUGUUCAAAAUAAGAUAAAAUGGCGAUUUAUACCCGAACUUGCGCCUUGGUUUGGAGCUUUCUAUGAACGACUAGUAGGACUAGUAAAACAUUGUAUGCGUAGAACACUACAAAAACACCUAUUGAAUGAUAGUCAACUGUCAACGAUAGUAAAAGAAAUAGAAGCUGUAUUAAACACGCGACCUUUAACCUCUGUUGAUGCAGAACUAGAGUUUAUUUUGAAACCAUCUGAUUUUCUUCAACCUGGCAGAUGUCUCAUAAUGGAGACCGCGCAGAAUGGACUACCAAUACAAGGUACAUUAUCGAAGACCAACUUAAUUAAAGGAUGGAAGAAGGCUCGUACAAUACUACAAGAGUUCGAAGAAAUGUUUCAAAAUCGCUACUUACCAAGUCUACGUGAGAGAUAUAAUCACUCGCUUAAACAACCACGUGUGACUUCUAAGUUAAAUCCGCAAGAAGGCCAGAUAGUUCAAAUCAAAGGAGAUAAAAACCGUGAAGGUUGGAAAGUCGGGAAAAUUAUCUCUUUGAUCAAAGGCUCUGAUGGAUUGGUUAGAGUAGCUCAAGUUAAAGUAGGAAACUCUAUCUUUACGCGAUCUAUUGCGCACUUGUAUCCUCUGGAAGCCGAAGAUGAGGAACAAUAUGAUCCAGUACCUCAAGAUACUACCAAGAAUUCAGAACCCCUUUGGUUGCCUUCGGAUCAGUCAGUGAAUACACCUGAUGUUGCGACAGAAGACGUAGAUGAUAUACAUAUAGAUACAUGCAACAACAAUAAAACUACAAAUGCUGAAGACAUAGAAAGAACUUAUGAUAUUUUGAAUGUGACAAAUAAAACGGCAGUGACUGAGAAUGAAAAUGAGAAUGAUAACAGACUUAAUGAGUUAAUAAAUGAUGAUGAUAAAAUAAUGGACAAUGAAUCAUUGGAACAACAACCUGAAAUAAAUAGACCAAGACGGACUGCAGCGGUUCGAGCCCUUCAAAAGAUAAGGGAAUGGACACGCAAUUUAAUGAUUACCUUACAACUCUAA